AAGAUUAAAAACAAGAUUUUGUGAAAAUAAUAGUGGCAUUGAUGAGUUUUGUAAUAUCACAAGUUCAUUCGUCAUGAGCUGAAAAUCUGAUGAGUUUCAAAAGGCUACACACGACCACCUUCCGCUCAUUGCGAAACCGAACAAGAACCGAUGCUCAGACACCUCCGCGCCAGAAUGCUGGCGAAUUCUUCAAACCACCCACCAAUAAGUCACUGCCAAAGCUUAGAAGCAACAAAUUUACCGACUCAGACAUUGUGAAGUGCAACAUCGCCAUCACUGAUCACAUGCGCCAUGGCCAAUGCGACUCGGCAUUGCGUUUGUUCAACUCCAUGCCUCGUAAAACUUCAGUGUCCUACAACACUAUGAUAUCUGGUUAUAUUUUGAAUGGCGACUUUCAGCAGGCCCAUCAUCUUUUUGACGAAAUGCCGCUGAAGGACUUGGUCAGUUGGAAUAUAAUGAUCAGUGGGCAUAUAAAGAACAAGAAUCUUGGAGCUGCCAAGCGUUUGUUCGAUGAAAUGCCUGUGAAGGAUGUUGUUUCGUGGAACGCGAUAUUGUCUGGGUAUGCGCAGAAUGGGUUCCUGGAUGAGGCCAGGAGAGUUUUUGAUGAGAUGCCGGAGAAGAAUGAGAUAACCUGGAAUGGGAUUCUAGCCGCUUAUGUGCAAAAUGGGAAAAUUGAGGAGGCAAGGAGAUUGUUUGAGAGUAAAGAGCACUGGGCGGUGGUUUCUUGGAAUUGUUUGAUGGGUGGGUACUUAAAGAAGAAGAGGUUGGUCGAGGCAAGGCAGAUUUUUGACCGUAUGCCUGUUAGGGAUGCUGUAUCUUGGAAUACAAUCAUUACAUGUUAUGCUCAAAAUGGGAAGAUGGACGAAGCAAGGAAGUUGUUCCAGGAAUCCCCAAUUCAGGAUGUCUUUACAUGGACGGCCUUGGUGUCAGGUUACAUACAGAAUGGGCAGUUACAUGAGGCCAGGAGAAUUUUUGAUAAGAUGCCAGAGAAAAACGUUGUUUCUUGGAAUGCAAUGAUUGCAGGGUAUGUGCAAAGCAAGAACAUGGAAUUGGCUGGAGAGUUGUUUGAAGCAAUGCCUUGUAGAAAUGUUAGUUCCUGGAACACAAUGAUUACUGGUUAUGCUCAUAAUGGAGAUAUUGCUCGUGCUAGAAGUUUAUUCAAUAGGAUGCCACAUCGGGAUUGUAUCUCAUGGGCAUCAAUUAUAGCUGGCUAUGCUCAGACUGGUGAAAGUGAAGAGGCACUACGAAUGUUUAUUGAGAUGAAGAGGGAUGGGGAGAGGUUAAACAGGUCUGCCUUUACUUGUGUUUUAAGUACAUGUGCUGAUAUCGCUGCUUUUGAGCUUGGCAAGCAAAUACACGGACAUGUUAUUAAAGCAGGAUAUGAGUUUGGCUGCUAUGUGGGCAAUGCUCUUCUUGCCAUGUAUUGUAGGUGUGGAAGCAUCAACGAGGCAUACGAAGUGUUCCAGAGAAUUGAGGAUAAGGAUGUAGUCUCGUGGAACACAAUCAUUAUUGGUUAUGCAAGACACGGUUUUGGCGAAGAAGCUCUCAAACAUUUUGAAUUAAUGAAGCAAGCAAGUAUUCAACCGGAUGAAGUUACCAUGGUUGGUGUGCUGUCUGCAUGUAGUCAUACUGGCUUGGUAGACAGAGGCAGAUAUUACUUCGAUUCCAUGAGCCAAGACUACGGCAUAGUGGCAAACUCAAAGCACUAUACUUGCAUGAUUGAUCUUCUAGGUCGAGCCGGGCUCCUAGGUGAUGCUCAAGACCUAAUGAGAAGUAUGCCCUUUGAACCAGAUGCAGCAACAUGGGGGGCUCUUCUUGGUGCCAGCAGGAUUCAUGGAAAUACACAAUUGGGGGAAAAGGCGGCUGAAAUGAUCUUUGCACUGGAACCAUGGAAUGCUGGAAUGUAUGUUCUUCUUUCAAACUUAUAUGCAGCUUCUGGCAGAUGGGUGGAUGUAAAUAAGAUGAGAUUGAAAAUGAGGGAUACAGGUGUUAGUAAAGUACCAGGUUACAGCUGGGUUGAAGUAGAAAACAAGAUCCACACAUUUUCAGUUGGAGAUUCCACCCAUGCAGAGAGUGAAAGGAUAUAUGCUUUCUUGGAAGAGUUAGAUUUGCGGAUGAAGCGAGAUGGCUAUAUCUCAGCCACAAAAUUGGUUCUCCAUGAUGUGGAGGAAGAGGAAAAACAGCAUAUGCUCAAGUGUCAUAGUGAAAAAUUAGCUGUUGCAUAUGGAAUUAUGAAAACACCAGCUGGGAGACCAAUUCGUGUUUUCAAAAACUUGCGGGUUUGUGAGGACUGCCACACUGCAAUCAAGCACAUAGCCAACAUUGCUGGGAGACUGAUAAUCCUGCGUGAUCCUAACCGUUUUCACCACUUCAAGGGGGGCGUAUGUAAUUGUGGAGACUAUUGGUGAUGACAAACAGAUUAGCGAAGCAAAACGACAAAAGGGUGAUGAGAUUUUCUUUCCAGCAAUGCAUCCUUUGCCUUCUGAGGAAGCUUUUAAGAACUGAAGGGCUGACUCUGAUUUCUUGCCUGAGACGACCGGGUUCAAUUUGGCAAAGCUGUCAUCUUCCUGAGAAGAGAAGGAAUGAAAAUUUUGUGUCAUGUUUAACAAAUUCAAAAUGAUGGAAAUCUAGCAGACUCUAACAGAAUUAAGAGUCUUAACUCCAUCCUCAGUUUCUGCUUUGAUUUUAACAGGAAAGACACUGAUGAAGGAAACGCUUGUAACGAAUGUUACUGUGACUAACUUACAUAAAAUAUACACAUAAUAUCUUAUUUAUCCACAAUGCUAAGUAUGAGAUUCUUGUUUCCUUGUCCACAAUGUAGUUUUUGACACAUCCCCUUGUGAUUGCCUAAUGUUUCAACUCAUC